UUGCUGAAAGUAUUUUCUUUGUUAGAUUUCUUGAUUUCUAACUUGUCAAGUUCAAUUCUUAAGCCACAUGAAACUAUUGAUAAACUACUCAUUUUCCUGGAUCAUUAUGAUUUGUAUAGUCAGAUUUCUUAUUCCUUACUUGUCCUCUGCGUAGAACUUCAGGAGAAUGAGAGAAAGUUGUGUUUUUUGGAACCAUCUGCCAGUGCUUUAGCCAAAGGGGAAAAUUGAGGGGAUUGCCUGCCUACACUGGCAUCCAUGGAAAAUCACUUUGCCACAAACGAAGAAGCAGAUCUUCUACUAGGUGAAUACACGGAGGCGAGAAUCAUCAACAAACCGGAGGCACCAGUUAUGGGCACCAAUUACAAUUACAGGUAUACCCCAUUUCAGUUUUUCCAGAUUACAAUUUAUAAUGAUGGAUCUCAUAAAAGGAACACACAUACUGGACGUAUGUUUACGGUAUGGCUGCACAGGGUUGUUGGGGAUGAUACAUUUAUGUCUGAUCAGCAAAGCAUUAGUGUGGCCCGCAGAGUUACAUCGACGGAGCCAGAGAUUGAGGCUGUGUUAGUUGAGGAGAAGCGUAUCAGAACUGCAAGUUCCCUAAAAGAAGCCAGGAUAGUGGUUGACAUCAAAGAGCCAGAGAAGGCUAGGGAAAAGUUGGUUGAUGGCGGUACAUCAAUUUCAAAGAAACAUGCUCGUACAUCACUUUCAGAAAUUGAGGCCAUACUAGCUAAGACUCAGCCGUGCAAGCUUCCUCUAUUCACGGAGCCCCAGCAAUUCUACGCCAACCAAGGGGUAUUAGUUCGGCUCCGGCGCUGGCUGUGGAUUCUGCUUGGUAGGUGGUGCCAAGUCUUUCAGAUAUAGCCUUCUGCGAUGUAUGUGAAGCUUUUUGCAAGGGGAAUGCUAGUGGAUUUGGUUUUGUGAACUACAGUGGCGAUAAUUUUUCUUAUAGGCUUUUUGGGUUUGCAAAAACCUGCAAUUGUUGCCAAUGAAGCAGCACCACCGGUCCACCACUACUACCAGAGAGGAGGCACUGCAGAAUUGAUGUUUGACAUUGUAUCGCAGCUACCGUUUAAUGAUCAAUGAUUUGGGUUUUUCAGUUUGUUUUACCCGCUAAGGGUAUCAUUUUGUCCAUGUUAAUUUUGCUUUUCA